AACAUUGGCCAAUCAGGCUUUUACUUCCUGUUUCCCAGCGCUGUUGCAGAGAGAAGUGGUAUUCAACUGCUCAGUAGCGUUGGAGCUUCUGCUGUAAACACUAGGAAACUUGAGCGAGGGGGUUUUUUGUUAUCUAAAAAAAAUAAAAUGGUGGUAUUCAGGAAAUGGAAGGUUUUCAACCGUUUUCGCCCUCUGGACACACAGAAAGCUUCUAUUUUUGGACAUGUGACCCUUUGGAGUUCGUAAUUGUCUUUUCUGGUCGGUUCGCCCACCGAGGAGGAUCAUGUCUUUGCCGGUGGAUGACCUAGAGUGUCCUGUAUGCUGUGACAUCUUCAUAGACCCCGUUCUGCUGUCCUGCAGUCACAGCUUCUGCAGGGAGUGUGUGAAGCGCUGCUGGGAGACCUCUGGGUCACGAGAGUGCCCCAUGUGCAGGAAGAGAGCCUCGAAAGCGUCCCCAACCACCAACCUGGCCCUGAGAAACCUCUGUGAGACCGUGCAGGUGGCCCGGCGAGAGAGCUCGAGCUCGGAGAAGGAGAAGGAGAAGGAGAAGGAGCUGAACUGUGACCUCCAUGGGGAGAAGCUAAAACUCUUCUGCCUGGUGGAUAAACAGCCCAUUUGCCUGGUUUGCCACAUGUCCAAAACGCACAAGAACCACGAUUGCUCCACGUUGGAGGAGGCAGUCAUCGACUGCAGGGGGGAACUCAGCACCACCCUGACGAGUCUACAGGAAAAAAUGGACAGCCUCAAAAUAAUCCACAGCAACUCAAACGACACCAUUGAUUACAUUAAGAACCAGGCUAUAGGCACACGGCAGGAGAUCAAGGCCCAGUUUGAGCGGCUCCACCAUGUCCUUCACCGGGAGGAAUCUGAAAGGCUGGCUGCUCUGAAGAGGGAGGAAGACCAGAAGAUAUCGGGGAUGAGGGAUAAAGUCAGCGAGAUCUCCGAAGAAAUGCUCUCCCUCGAGGAGAGUUUCAACUUCCUGGAGUCUGAGCUGAAUGCAGAGGACAUGGCCCUCUUGCAGAACUUUAAAGGCACUCGGGAAAGAUGCAGCAGUCUACCACUCGGUCCAGUUACCAUGUCUGGAACCCUGAUUGACGUGUCCAAACAUCUAGGCAAUCUCAAGUACUCGAUCUGGGAGAACAUGAACCACCAUAUUGAGUACACUCCAGUGACCCUGGACCCAAAUACAGCACACCCCUACCUCAUCCUGUCCGAUGACCUCACUUCCCUUUAUUAUUCUGGCUUGUCUUACGGUUGCCCUGACAACCCGGAGCGUUUCCAAAUGAGUGCUGAAGUCGUUGGCACGAACGCCCUCGGCUCAGGAAGUCACCACUGGAUCGUCGAAACAGGAAGCAACCGGGAUUGGCUCCUGGGUGUGACCUCAGUGUCUGCUCCGAGGAAUGUCGUAAUCUCUGCGAGGCCGGAGAACGGCUUCUGGACCUUGUGUUAUCGAGGCGGGGAGUUCAGGGCCAUGACCUCGCCGCCGACGACCCUGUCGCUGGCCACAGAGGCGCCCAUAAGCCGAAUCAAAGUACAGCUGGACUAUAACAAAGGGACGCUGUGUUUCUUUGACGGUUCCGGUUACGACAGGCUGCUCUACACGUUCGAGAGCACGUUCACCGAGAUGGUGCUUCCGUAUUUUUACACCCACAGCCAGCAUCCACUGAGAAUCUUACCAGAGAGUGUGAUGGUAACGGCUUUGCGUAAAGAAGGAUCUGCGCAAGUUGUAUGACAGCAAAGUUGUAAUUCUGUCAACUUGACAGAAAUUUGCUUUUUGUGGGGACUAUGGUUUGUGCCAUCAUGGUAUAACAAGUGAAGUAGGGACGUCAGUGUUGUUGAACCAUGAUAUUUGCACUUUAACAAGGACAUGUAGGCUAUGUAGGGAUCUUUUUUUAACACAAUUGUUUGUUAUGUGUUUGCAAUUGAUCAAAUUACCUCUGCUCCUCAUGUACAUUUAGGGAAACAAUUCAUGGAAAUAGUUAAAUUGUAAGGAGAUCACUGCUGUCACUUUGAUUUUUUUUUACACAAUGAAGGAUUGCAAAUCGA